AUGGAGAGGAUAAGAAAAGAGAUGAUUCUGAUGGAGAGAGGUCUGCACAGUCCCGUGUCUGGGAAAAGGCUCUCGAACCUGUCAGACUCCGCUGGAAAUUCAGUGUUGGAGGCCCUCGAAAAUUCUCAGCACAGUGGCCGACUAAGCCCGAGAAUAACUUCCGCCUCGCUUCAUGGAAGUCUCGGGGAUAUUCCAACCAAAGGCAAGUUCGAAAUCGACAGUCUGUUCGGUACCCACCACAACAGCGAGAAUACUUCCUCGGCGGAGAUUUCAUCCUCAGAAAGCAGAAAGAAAAUUCACUUAUACCCAGAAGUUUCUCAAGACUCAGAUAUGAACAGUGACGUGGAGGUGGGAUGCCCAUCGCAUCGCUCCCCGAGCCAACACAAGGAAAACAACAACAACAAAGGUAACGUUCACUCUGAAUUAAGAUUUACUGACGAAAUAAAACAUUUCAGAGAAAUGUAUAUUCUAUGAUAUCUUAAAACCGAAAAGGGAUUAGAAUAAACAGAUAAUCGUAAUAAUAAUAAUAAUAGCAACAGCAAUAAUAAUGUAGGCUUAUACAACAGCUAAUAAUAGCUAAUAAUUGUAUCUUUCAUUUUCAAAUAUUUCACGCUAUUGCUACAAAUAAAAUUGCUUGUUAAUUUGUCAUUUAUCUUAUAGGCAUCAUCUCAUGUGAUAACAUAUUACAUCAAUAAAUGUAUAAUAGCCAACAUACAUAAUACAACUGCUUAUAUAACCUACAUGAAAAUAUCAAAUCAUCUUUGCAUAUUUCUUUCCUAAAGGGUUUUCUGACAAUAAUUCUGGAGGCUCCAACACAAGUUCAUCCUCCCUUUCCAAUCAUAACGGCAAUGGAAUGAGCUCGAACAUGUCAAAUGCCGAGACUAGAAGAUACCGGACUGCAUUCACCAGAGAACAAAUAGGAAGACUGGAGAAAGAGUUUUACAGGGAAAAUUAUGUCUCAAGACCCAGAAGAUGUGAACUGGCCGCAUCAUUGAAUCUACCUGAAACUACAAUAAAGGUAUGUUCUCUUAUAUGCUUAUAUUAAUGUACAUAUUUGUGCGUAAUAUAUACAUUAAAAUAAUAAUUUAUCACAAAUAGUUAGGACUAUAGACUAGGCUACAAUUAUACUCAGAUGUACACUAUAUUCAGAUACACACGCUGAUCAACAUGCAUGUAUCGAAACACACACACACAUACACACAUACACACACACACACACACACACACACACACACAAUAAAUGUAUAAACUAAUCUGUUUGGUAAUUCACAAUGUGACCAGGUGGCCUACUCGAAUAUAGUCUGAAAUGAAUCUAUGAAUCUGAAAAAUCACUGUCAGAGGCACUUCUUUGGAAUUAAUUUCUUCAACUUGCUGAUUUGUUUAGAGGUCCCUAAAAAUAACCAUUCACAAAAAAGUGUACAUUGGCCUAUACGUUUAAAACUCGUAAUUCUAUCAAACGCACAUUAGCUAUGUUUACACAGUCUCUUUGUUAUACUACACGCGAAUAUUCUGAACACUGGGAGAAUGCAUGGGGAGUCGACCCGGUAUUUUGUAAUGCGUAAAUAUUAUGUUACCAGGCGGGUUGGAUAGAAUAGGGUCCUAUUAAACAUGAAUGAUAAUUCUCUGUCUGUAGGUAUGGUUCCAGAACAGGCGGAUGAAGGAUAAGAGGCAACGUUUGGCGAUGUCUUGGCCCCAUCCAGCAGAUCCAAGCUUUUACACCUACAUGAUGACGCACGCGGCAGCCACCGGAAGUCUACCAUACCCUUUCCAUUCCCACAUGCCUCUGCACUAUUACCCGCACGUUGGUGUCACAGCAGCUGCCGCUGCUGCAGCUGCGUCUGGUGCUGCAUCGUCACCUUUCGCUACCUCCAUUCGCCCUCUCGAUACUUUCCGUGCACUCUCCCAUCCUUACUCACGACCAGAGCUUCUCUGUGGCUUCAGGCACCCAGGACUUUAUCAGUCACCCGCAGGCCUCAAUAGCUCUGCGGCAGCAUCAGCAGCAGCGGCAGCAGCAGCAUGUGCAGCCGCGGUCAGCGCGCCAUCAGCCACUGGCCCAUGCUCGUGCCUCAGUUGUCACAGCAGCCAAGCGGCCAGCGCGCUAGGCUCCAGAAGUACCAACUCUGACUUCACCUGCACAGCAUCUGGGCAAAGAUCCGAGAGUGGAUUUUUGCCGUAUUCUGCAGCUGUCCUGAGCAAAACCUCGGUUCCAUCACCAGAUCAGAGAGAGGAAUCUUCACUAAACAGAUAA